AUGCUUCGCGGAAACUCUGUCAGGAUCCUCACUGGGAACAGUCACCCGUGGCUCGCUCAAGCUGUGGUGGAGCGGCUGAACAUCCCCAUCACCCCGUGCACCGUCAAAAAGUUCUCCAAUGGCGAGAUCAACGUCAAAAUCUCCGAGUCUGUGCGCGAUGAAGACGUCUACAUCAUCCAGACGGGGUGCAGCGACGUGAACGACAACCUCAUGGAGCUCCUCAUCCUCAUCUCCGCCUGCAAGGGUGCGUCUGCGCGGAGGAUCACGGCCGUCAUCCCCUGCUUUCCCUAUGCGCGUAUGGACAAGAAGGACAAGUCGCGGGCGCCGAUCACCGCCAAGCUGGUGGCGAACAUGCUCGCAGUUUCUGGGUGCGACCACGUCAUCACCAUGGACCUCCACGCGAGCCAAAUUCAGGGCUUCUUCGACUUCCCGGUGGACAACCUCUACUCGGAGCCUCUGAUGAUCUCAUACAUCAAGCGGAACAUCGAGGGCUGGAGGAACAGCAUCAUCGUCAGUCCAGACGCUGGCGGCGCAAAACGUGUGACUGCCAUCGCGGACAAGCUGGGUGUCGAAUUCGCACUCAUCCACCGGGAGCGGACCCGGAACUCUAACGCGCCGGAGAAGAUGGAGGUGCUAGUCGGAGACGUUCGGGACAAGGUGGCGAUCUUGGUAGAUGAUAUGAUAGAUAGCGGCACCACGCUCGCGCUGGCAGCCCGCUCGUUGAGUGAUAACGGUGCGAAGAAGGUGUAUGCUAUUGUAUCCCACGGUCUGCUGUCACAGACGAACAUGAAAAAGAUAGAAGAACUUCCGAUUGAGCAGCUUGUGGUUACGAACACUGUGCCACAACAACAACACGAAGCCGCCUGCUCAAAGCUGGUCACGAUCGACGUGAGCCCUACGAUCGCGGAGAGUAUCCGCCGGACCCACAACGGCGAGAGUAUAUCGCUGCUGUUUGGUGACUGGGCUGAGGGCGCGGGCGUGAACGGUGUGGGUUCAUACUAA